GCCGUCCCGGAGUGGCUGAAGCGCUAUAAAUACGACGGGGGGGCCAGGUGAGCUGCAAGAGAGACGGACAGAGCCACCACCGUCAUCAUCACCGCAUCGAGCGAUUGCAACGCGCAACCAUGAAAGCGACGGCCGCGAUCUGCUGCUCCCUCGCGCUGGUGCUGGUGGCGUCCGGCGGGAGACGGAGUGGACUGCACGCAGCCUCCAUCGGGCGCUCCGCGAUCCUGCGAGCCCCCGCGAGCUUCCGGCAACUCGAGGCUCAUCCCGACCUGCAGAUGGGCGACCAGGAUGACAGUCAAAUUCUGCUCAACAUGAUCGUAGAGGCCAUGCGCAUGAGAGACGCGGGCCCCGAGACCGAUGGCCCCGGCGAGGGGGAGGCCACGCGCGUGGUCGACGGGCUCCCAGAGUUCCCCCGGGAGGAGGCUCGGGCCCUGGUGCCCAAUGAGCGUCCCUUCGUGCCAGGAGCUCUGUCUCCUCGGGACCGCAAGGCGAACUGUCGCAUGUUCUACUGGAAGACCAUGGCCGCGUGUUGAACAGCACAAGGCAGUGGAAUGGCGAUGGGAGGGUAGUCCUGGGUGAUGAUGAACGCGGCGGCGGUGGUGGUGGGUGAUGUUGGUGAUCAGGGGGAUUAAUUUCUCACGUUAUUUUUUUUCCGGGUCCCUGGCGGACUGAUGUGUAUGAGUAAUUUCACUCGGCGCUGUUUGGGGAUGAGCUCCAGAAAAUAUUUCUGCCUCCCCCCCCCGUCCCAUCGCCGUAGAGGAGGGGGUUGGAAGGCCCAGGGAGAUCUUCCAUGAGAAUGAAGCCCUGGCGACACGUGACUAGUAGUCGGCCACAGCAAUAGCGAGAUGUCAACUGGAUGUGGUGUGCCGGGUGCAAAAACAUUUUUCUCGGGUUGCCGACCGAUCCGGACAUAUCCAAGAGAAAUUAAGCCCUGAAUUGACGAUGAUGAUGGAGGUGAUGGUAAUGAUGAUGAUGGUGGUGGUGGUGAUGAUCAGGGCUUAAUUUUUUUUAUGGAAUAUUUUGGGUGCCUUUAACCGACAGGAGUGGGGGGGGGUGAAGCAGGGAAAAAUUUUCCGGAGAUCGGCCCUGGACAGCUCCGGUUGAAAUGAAGAGCUAGUGAUGGUGGUGGUGGGUGGUGGUGGGUGGUGGUGGGUGGUGCGUACGCGUGUGUACGUGUAGAGGAAGCCUCAGGCUCAAACAUUUGUUCACCUGCGACUAAAUUAAAAACUUAACAAAAAUAUAUACUUUAAAGAAGAAUCAAUCGACUAAAUUAUUAAUGCAACUCAACACUCGACCUAUAUUGUACAUAAUUUAAGGUAUACGAGAUAUACGUAUGUGUAUUAUAUACUGUACGUAUAUGCGGCUUUGUAUCAGUGGAGUGUAUCCGUGUGCGUGUGCCUUGUGGUGUAUUUGCGUGUAUGUGUGUGCUGCUGCUGCUGUCUUUGUUUAAAUAAAAAAAAUCAAUACGACAA